AUGGUCUCCUUAAUUACGUAUCACAGGUAUGUGCUCAGAGUCCAAGAAGUUUUUGCAAGCUUUAUCGGUCUAAACCUUCCUCCAUUCGUUUCUCCCGCUGAGAAAAAUAAGACUGCAGGAGUAACCGCUGACCCCAAUCCCGGGUCUCCCGUCGCCUCAAGGCCUCUUUCGAGGACUCGGCCCUCUCGGAUCCGCUCCCCGGAGCUCGCUGUUCCCCCAGCCCCGCUUCGCUCGGGCUCCGACCGCCAACCGCCCGGCCGGCAGCCUGCAGGCCCGUCCCCAGCCAACACUCACCAGCCCCGGAGCCCUGGGAGGCCUACCCCGGGCGCGGGUCCUUCUCCAUUCCCUCCUUGCUGGCCCCGGGAGUCAGGCGAGAGCGCGGCCAGUAAGGGAGGUCGCCCGGUGCCGGCGGCCGGUCACUUACCUCUUCCCUCUCCUUCCAAAAGGGGCGGUGCUGGAGCCCUUUCCCUCCGCCCCCCUAAACGCCGCCUGGCUGUUCUGCUCUGCCUUCGCGCCUGGUCGCUGACUCCGGCUUUACUCCAUAGCCUCCGCCGCCCCCGCGGCCGCAAACGCCGGAGCUGGAGGAGGGAAGGGGGCGGAGCCAGGACUUGUCUCCGCCCCCAGGGGUCAUGUGGGGGCGGGGCUACGGUGCCAGGGUAGGUACCAGCGCGCGAGGCUAUGGCGGUUCUUUUGACUCUGUGGUUCCGUAGACUUAGCAUUCAGAACGAGCUUCCGGGCCCAGGGCUGAACGGGUCAAGUUUUAUGAACUGUACAGGUGUCUUCUGCCGGGAAAAGAGGACAGGGAGAUGCUCUGGUCCUUUUCAAGCUACUCAGCUAUGGGAAGGUAUUAUUCACUCUCUUCAGGCCCAAGUGGAAAUAAAAAGAAGGAGGUGUCAUUUAAGAACAUACAAAGACUGUUUUACUGGUUCUGAUGCUGUCGAUGUGAUCUUAAGUCAUCUUAUGAAAAACACAUGCCUGAGUAGCAAUGACAUCUCUCGUCUUAAAGGAGUUCAUCUUUGCCAAGUUUUAAUGAAUCACAAAGUAUUUGAACUAGUAGGAAUGAAGAAGCUUUUCAAAAAUGAAAAGGAAUUGGAAUUUGAAGAUUCCAACCAUAGUCUCUACAGAUUUCUAGGCAAUAAAUCAUCUUAUGAUCGUUGCAAAAGACAAAAGGAUGCUGAGAAUGAGUUCACUGAUGAAAUAAAAGCAAAAGAACCUUUAAGACCAGAAUAUGAAAUGAUUUCAAAUCAUCUAGCACAAGAGAUUGGUGAGGAAAGAACUGAGGAACUUAUUCAUACAAUAGAUGGGAAUCCAGCUUUAUGUCCAAAUAUCACAGUUCAGGAAACCUUUUCUCUGGCUUUCAAAAGAAGAGUUUUCUUCUGGACAGCAAUUACAUCAGAUACAGCAGAUGUUUGGAAAGAACAAACAUUAUUAUGUAUUCUUCAAUUGAUUCACCUUCCAUUCUUGGAAAAUGUUUUGGAGCCUCCGGUUAAAACACACUAUCUUCAAUUAAACAAAGAGGAAAAUCUUGUUAUCACUAACACUUGCCUAGACAGAGAACUUAUUCCAAGCUUAUGUCUACCCGAGAUUGAUAACUGGCUUAAUGCAGCAAUUGAAUGCUUGGAGUAGUAUUUCCCUGACCAGUUGAUAGUUGCAGCUAGUCAGCAGUUAAUGCAAAACAGAAAUGAAGAGACAAGAUUGAACAUUCAGAAGAAGAUACUCUUUGAUGUCAUAGCAAAAUACUAUACACAAGAGAGAGAGUGCCUAUUAACUGAUGAGUAUCUUGAUAUUCAUUCAGGAAUUAUUGAACUUUUAGAAAAUUGUAAAAAAGCAGAAGCACUUGAAGCAAUAUAACUGUAUCUAAGAUUGUUGUCACCAAACAUUAGAGAAGAAUUAUGACGGCUACUUACUUUUGUGGCUAUGGCAUCACAGCCCAAUGCCUACAAGUUGCAAAAACAGGUUGAUAACAAAACAGUGGUACUGAAAACUCUUGCCAAAUCAGUUUUGCAAACCAAAUCAUUAUUAAAAGUGUGGGCAGAACAACUGGUCUGGUUUCUACUGGAGUAUCACUCUGAGCUCUUCAAAACACCAGUUACUUUAUUGAAUCUGGUUAGUAAGAAACUUAAGAAACACGGAGAAGAUGCAGAUGCUACAUCAGACAGAGUUUCAAACAAACAAAAAUUCUCAACUAAGAGUGGAAAGGAAGUUAAUAUACCUCCAGAGGAAGACCUGAGAGGGUACCUGAAGAGAUACCGGGAAAAUACUGAGAAUAUGCCACCAAGCCCUCUUUAA